AUGCAUAUACUCGUUCUUGCAUGUGACUAUACUCUCUACACUGAUGAAUUAUCGAAAGCAAAUCUUAGUUUACAGUUUACUGCAGGCAACGAGGCAUCUAAUGUAAUCGAUGCCGCUAGAGAAUGUCCUAUAUGGUUAGGAGAUCCUCAUUUAGUUGCAGAACUACUGCGUUUGAAUAUCAAACCUAAAUGGAUUCAAUCGACCUGGGCAGGUGUUUCACCUUUGCUGGCAGAUGAUUUACCACGCGAUUAUAUAUUGACCAGAGCGGUCGGUGUUUUCGGGCAGCUAAUGGCCGAAUAUCUAUUAACGUAUCUUCUCGCACACGAACGUCAAGUGAUGAAACGAAUCGAUCAUCAAAAAGAAGAGAAAUGGUGUGAUCUACAACCAGGUACUCUCAAAAACCGGCAACUUCUUAUUGUUGGAGCUGGAGAUAUUGGUUGUGUUGUCGCUCAAAUGCUAUCGCCUUUUGGUGUCGAUCUCAUUGGAAUCGUCAAUACAACUCGUCCUCUUACUUCAUUUCGUCUUUGUGGAACACUGGACGAUCUUCCUCGUUUAGUAGAGACUGCAGACUACGCAGUUAAUCUCCUACCUAACACACCAAAAACACAGAAUAUUUGGAAUGCAUCAUUAUUUGCUCGAAUGAAGCCAACAGCUCUGUUUAUCAACGUUGGACGUGGCAGUGCAGUUGUCGAUGCUGAUCUCAUCAUGGCUUUGGAACAGAAAUGGUUAGCAGGUGCAAUAAUCGAUGUUUGUCGAGAAGAACCAUUACCAGCUCAACAUCCAUUUUGGCAUACACAAGGACUCAUUCUUACUAGCCAUAGUGCUGCACCGUCUCUUGCGUGUCCUAUCGUUGAACUUUUCUGUGACAAUCUGAAUCGAUUCUGUAACAAUCUCAGCAUGCGUGGCCGAGUUGAUUUUGAUCGUAGUUAUUAA